AUGGCGAACCUCGCAGGCGACGCGCAACUGUUCGAGGACAGCUUCACGGUCACCGACUACGACCAGUCCAAGUACGACCGCGUGGCGCGCAUCACUGCGACCUCGGCCGACAACCAGACGCAGAUGAAGCUCGACAUCAACAUCGAGCUCUUCCCCGCGCAGGUCGGCGAGAACCUGCAGGUCGUCUUGGCGACGUCGCUGUCCCUCGACGGCUCCCGCGACGACGACGAGAAGGGCUGGAAGGACACCCGUGACGAAAGCACCCUGGCCGAUAUGUACGACUACGUCUGCCACGGCAAGAUCUACAAGUUUGAGGAUGGCAAGGAUGGGCAGACCAUUCGUGCCUACAUUUCCUUUGGCGGUUUGUUGAUGGAGUUGGAAGGCCCCUACAAGAAGCUUACGCCGCUACACGUCGACAACACCUAUCUUCUGGUGAAGAAAUAA